CAAGAACGUCGAUGCUGUCCUUGAUCAGAAUCUCGGUGCUAAGCGCGCCACUAAUACUGACCGGACAUGUUCAUGCCAGGUCUGCAAGCGAUCCGGUUGUCCGAGACACGACGUCGACCCUCCUGCCGACUGUCGACCUGGGCUACGUCGUGCAAAGAGCUACAGUCUUCAAUGACACCGGCAAGUAUUACAGCUUUAACAAUGUGAGAUAUGCUCAGCCUCCGAUUGGUGAGCUCCGGUUCCGGGCCCCUUUGCCUCCCAAGACGAAUCGAACAAUCGUUGAGACCGGCGAGGUAGACCGGAUUUGCCCACAAGCAAACCCAGCCUGGUUUGGAUCAGCACAACCCUUCGCAACUCAAUAUCUGGCAGGAAAGAGAAACUUUACAUUGGCGGACUUUGCCACCAACAGCAGUAACAGCAGCCUUCCAACAGAGGAUCCCCGAACGACUGAGGACUGCCUCUUCCUCGACGUUCAAAUACCAAAGGACAUUUUCGAUCAAGCUAGUAAUUCUAGCUUCCCAGGUGCGCCCGUUCUUGUGUGGCUCUAUGGAGGCGGUUACAUUGUAGGAUCGAAGCAAGAAUAUGGGAACCCUGCAGGUCUCCUCGCCAGAAGUCAAAACAACAACAAUAAUGGCAUCAUCUAUGUGGCACUGAACUAUCGACUGGGAGCUUUUGGAUGGCUGGCAGGUCCGACUCUUCAAGAGGACGGCACUGCAAAUGUGGGACUGCACGACCAGCAGCUAGCGCUCGAAUGGGUCCAGACUCAUAUUCACAAGUUCGGUGGUGAUCCAUCUCGUGUGACCGUGUUUGGCCAGUCCGCAGGAGGUGCCUCCAUCAUGCAUCACAUUACGGCGUUUGGCGGCGCGAAGCCUCCGCCUUUCCAACAAGCAGUCAUACAGUCUCCAGGCUGGUACCCCAUCGUGUCGACUAUCGUCCAAGAAAGCACAUACAACGACUUCCUAGGACUGGCUGGCGCUUCCUCGAUCGCCGAAGCGCGGAAACUGCCCUACGAGACUCUGCAGGCUGCAAAUAUCAAGCAGGUGGGCGUCUCCAGCUAUGGUCAAUUCACGUACGGACCAGCAGUAGAUGGAGUUUUCGUCCCUCAACUCCCCGGUCAACUUCUCGCGAAGGGCCAAUUCACCAAGGACAUCAAAAUUCUCGUUGGCCACAACUCCCGCGAAGGACUGUUAUUCACAUCCCCUUACAUUUCCAACGGCACCGACUACGAAAUGUACAUUGACAGCCUCCUCCCCACCGUCUCCAGUUUCCCCUCGUACAAGAACUACAUCGUAAACACCUUGUACCCCAGCACCGCAUUUCCCGACCAGCUCGCUCGUGCCUCGCAAACCAUCGCCGAUGCCGCAUUCGUCUGCAACACCUUUUACCUCAACAAAGCCUUUCAAAAGCACACAUAUGCCUACCUCUUCGACGUCCCGCCCGCCAUCCACUCGACCGACACGCCAUAUACGUUCUACAACGAUGGGGCCGCGAGCAACACGGUGAAGAACCCUGACAUUGCUAUUGCUCUGCAGGAAUAUAUUACGCAUUUUGCGGAAUUUGGAUUUCCCAGUGAAGUCGGUACGCCGUUUUUUCCCAUGUAUGGUGAGAAUGCCACGGUGCAGGUGUUGAAUGCUACGAGUAUUGUGCAGGUUGAGGAGGAUGAGAGGGCUGUCGAGAGGUGUGAUUGGUGGCAGAAGGCGUUGUAUUAUUAGGUAGGGGGGAUUUGGUGUUCAAUAUUUACUUGAGUAUGUGUGGAUACUGUUGUUGGUGGUGGUGAUGGUGGGCUAGAGAGAGGGAAGAUGGAUGAUGGUAUGCGGUGACAAAAAGCUUUUCCUUUCCGCGUGAGAACCACGUUUCUUUGCCUUGCCUUGUCGAGGCUAUUCUUGUUCCUCGUAUCGGAGGAUUUGAUAUGUAGUGUGCUCCAGAAGAGGAAAUUACCUCUACGCCUUCAUGUCGCUCUGACGUAGGAUGAGAGUAAGGAGGUACUACCUCCUACCUCCUAGGUACAGGUACUAACCGGUAC